AUGUGUUUUUGGGAUCUACGUGCUCCUUGGUUAGAACCCACAAAGGGUCCAAAUGGGUUGGACUUAAGUCGGCUGAAAAAAUACAUACAACCUUGGCAAGAACGUCAUUCCGCAGAAUAUAUGACCCAUGAUCCUUUAGGUUCUUUAAAUUCCGUGGGUGGCGUAGCUACCAAGAUCAAUGCAGUCAAUUAUGUCUCUCCUAGAAUUUGGUUAGCUACUUCUCAUUUUGUUUUAGGAUUCUUCUUCUUCGUAGGGCAUUUGUGGCACGCAGGAAGAGCUCGUGCAGCUGCAGCAGGAUUUGAAAAAGGAACUGAUCGUGAUUUUGAACCUGUUCUUUCCAUGACCCAUCUUAAUUGA